UCUUCUUCUUUCAAAAUGUCAACAUGGCUCCACUUUUCAACAUGGAACCGCCAUUUUCCACUGUCGAACAGUAAAUCACACCCCAAGAAAGGCCUAUAAAUAGCCACUAAGUAUAACCUAGCAGAAGCAGCAGCAGCACCAAAAACAAAUUAAGGUGAUGGACAAUAAAAAAAGUCAUGUCAUUGUUCUUACUUAUCCAGCUCAAGGCCACAUCAACCCCCUCCUUCAGUUUGCUAAGCGCUUGGCUUCCAAAGGGCUCAAGGCCACUCUUGCCACCACUUAUUACACUGUCAACUCAAUAGAUGCACCCACAGUAGGCGUUGAACCCAUCUCUGAUGGCUUUGAUGAAGGUGGCUUCAAGCAAGCAUCAAGUUUGGAUGUCUACUUAGAGUCAUUCAAAACUGUUGGUUCACGAACUUUGACUGAACUCGUAUUUAAGUUCAAAGCCUCAGGUUCACCUGUUAACUGUGUUGUGUAUGAUUCCAUGCUGCCUUGGGCUCUUGAUGUGGCUAGAGACUUAGGCAUAUAUGCUGCCGCGUUCAUGACCACCUCAGCUUCUGUCUGCUCCAUGUAUUGGCGAAUUGAUCUUGGCCUCUUGAGUUUGCCUUUGAAGCAACAAACAGCGACCGUGUCCCUGCCUGGCCUUCCUCCGCUAGGCUGCUGCGAUUUGCCAAGCUUUCUGGCAGAACCAACAAGUCAGACUGCUUAUUUGGAAGUAAUCAUGGAGAAAUUUCACAGUUUAAAUGAAGAUGACUGGGUGUUCUGCAAUUCCUUUGAAGAUCUGGAGAUUGAGUUAGUAAAGGCCAUGCGAGGAAAGUGGCCACUGGUGAUGGUCGGUCCGAUGGUGCCAUCUGCCUACCUUGACCAACAAAUUGAUGGGGAUAGAGCUUAUGGGGCUAGUCUUUGGAAGCCAACAAGCAGUCAGUGUUUCACAUGGCUGGACACAAAACCACCAAGGUCAGUGAUAUAUGUGUCUUUCGGAAGCAUGGGAAACAUUUCAGCUGAACAGGUUGAAGAAAUCGCAUGGGGUUUGAAAGCAAGCAACAGGCCCUUCCUAUGGGUCAUGAAGGAAUCAGAAAAAAAGUUGCCAACUGGGUUUCUAAACUCGGUAGGUGAGACAGGUAUGGUUGUAUCAUGGUGCAAUCAACUGGAGGUGCUAGCUCACCAAGCUAUCGGUUGCUUUGUUACUCAUUGUGGAUGGAAUUCAACGUUAGAGGGGUUAGGCCUAGGUGUGCCAAUGGUAUGCGUGACAGAGAGGAGUGACCAGCCAAUGAAUGCCAAGUUUGUGGAGGAUGUAUGGAAGGUGGGAGUGAGAGCUAAGAAAGAUGAAGUGGGUAUCGUAACAAGAGAGGAGCUUGAGAAGUGCAUAAGAGGAGUCAUGGACGGAGAGAAUGGUGAAGAAAUUAAGAGGAAUGCUAACAAAUGGAGAGAGCUUGCAAGGAGCGCUGUUAGUGUAGGUGGGAGUUCUGAUAUGAAUAUCAAUGAAUUUGUAGUGAAGUUACUGGAAGGGAAGAAAGGAUAACUACUGGAAAAAAGCAUAGCUAUUGGUAUUGCUUGGUGAAUCAAAUAAAAUUCACUUGUUUGGCUGA